AUGAGCGACAACUGGUACUUGUCAGCUAUGACUGCUAUCGUAGACAAUGGUGAUAUAUCUAAUUGGAAAUUGUCUUCCUUUUUGCUGGUCAUUUUCAUUUCUCUUCAAUUGCUAUUUCCAUUUUAUGCUUACGUCAACAGAGUUAAUCGGGAGCGAGACAAAAAUACCCUCGUAUUCCCAUUAAUCGAUCAUUUUUAUGGAGUGAUGAAAAAGACACAUGCAACAUUUUAUUUCGUAUACGUCGUUGGUUUAUUCUGGUGGUUCAAAGUUGAACAAAUCCCAAAAAAGAUGGGGCUGACUCUGAUAACCAUCCUCGGUUCAAUUAUCGUCUGUGCUUUGUGCUUAUAUGUUCUUAUGCUCUUCACUCAAGUAUUUCAAUUUUUCUUAACAAUCAUGGCAGUCCAAAAAUUUCUCCUCUAUUUCCAUCCUUCCUCUCAGAAACACAUAGUUUUAUCUCGCAAGAAUAUGCAAUGUUUUAUUCGUUUUACCUACUAUUUAUUACUUUUCAAAGAAGCUAUAUUUUUUAUCUUAUUUUGGGUUAGUAUCAUGAAAGAAGAGCUAGGUGAGAAAGUUACAUUCUGGAAUACAGUCAAACAGUUUGAACUGGUAUUCUUCUUGUCAACGAAUAUAACUUUCUUUGCAUCUGCUCUGUUGUACAUCCCUAUAUUUAUAAGUGUACGAAAGUUGUCAAAUUUAAGAUCAGUGCAAGAAUCAAAACCUCAAAUUUAUAUUUUCUGGCAAACAGCGACUGCAUUGAUUAUGAAAGUGAUCUAUACAUCUUAUUUCUUAUUUAUGUAUUUUGACCACCUAGUAGAUAUGGUUCUCCCCACUCGUGUAUUAGAUAUUUUUAGCGUUCCCGUUAUUAUUCAGAUAUCUUAUUUGACUUGUAACAGACAGAAUGUUAUUACUCUAUUCGCUUCAUUCAAAGGCCGGAAACUCAUAAGAGAAUUGUUAACACCUGAAAUAACAUCUGCCGUCAGUCCAGAGCCCAGAAGGCACAUGAUUUGA